AUGGAUGGAGGCACAUAUUUUACUGAUUCAAAUUUAACACGUUUUAUGACUGUUCUGACCUUGGAGUCAUUGGACAUAUCACCAUCCAUUGCUUUUUUAAUAUUCAUUUUUACCAUCAUCACAUAUUGUCUAAUUUUGCUCUUCCAUUCUACGCUACUUGUGACUAUUGCUGCAAAAAGGAAUCUGCACGAGCCGAUGUACAUACUGCUGUUUAAUUUGUCCUUAUGUGACCUAAUGGGAGCUACAGGUUUUUACCCACAGCUGCUUUGCAGUAUAUUGUCACAGAGAAGAGAAAUCUCCUACCCUGCUUGCUCCUUACAAGGCAUUCUUCUCCACCUCUAUGGAACCGGAUCUCUUUUAUUUCUCACUGUUAUGGCUUAUGACAGGUACAUUGCGAUUUGCAUGCCUUUGCGAUACCACAGUCUGAUGACCAGGGAUACCUUGGUCAAACUCAUUUGUAUGGUCUGGUCCCUCAGUUUUUCUAUUAUUGGGAUUUUAUUUGUGCUCACAUUAAGCAAAGAGAUCUGCAGGACCAAUAUAGUGGAUGUGUACUGUAAUAAUCCGUCUUUAAUGAAGCUAAGCUGUGAGGAUAUGAGAGUUGUUAACUACUACGGCUUGUUUACUAUAGCUCUGGUACAAGGCUCUUCUAUUCUGAUUGUAUCAUUAACGUAUAUCAAAAUCCUAAUAACCUGCCUUUCUACAAAACAGGGAAACACUACAAGUAAGGCGAUACAAACCUGUGGGACGCAUUUAGUUGUUUUUCUGAGUUUUGAAAUUAACUCAUUCUUACUACUGAUUUCUCACAGGUUUGAAUCCGUAUCUCCACACUUACGGAGGGCCUGCGGUGUUUCAGUUGUCAUCUUUUCUCCAAUUCUUAACCCUCUGAUUUACGGGUUGAAAACAAGGGAAAUUCGACAAACAAUUUUUAAGUUUUUUCAAAGAAAGAUUUCAUUGGGAGCAGAAAACUGA